AUGAACUUCGAGGUCUCCGACGACUUGAAGAACUAUCUCGCCCGACUGGACGACUUCAUUGAACGCGAGAUCAAACCACUACAGGCACAGGACGACAACGAACGCUUCUUCGACCACCGCCGCGAACAUGCCCGCACGAACUGGGACGCUGGCGGCUUGCCUCGAGAGGAGUGGGAAGAGCUGUUGAGAGAAGCGGCGAGGAGAGCGGACAAAGCUGGUUUCUUCCGAUUCAGCUUGCCGAAGGAGUUUGGUGGCCAGAAUACCGACUCUGGAAGAGGAAGUAAUCUGUGGAUGUCAGUGAUCCGAGAGCACCUAGCGUCGAAAGGCCUGGGCUUGUUCAACGAUCUGCAGAACGAGCACUCCAUUUGUGGCAACUUCUCAGAUGUGAUCAUGGUGCAGCACUUCGGCAGCGAAGAGCAGAAGAAGGAGCUCAUACACGGCAGACUUGCUGGCAAAGUCAGAAUCACAUUCGGUCUCACUGAGCCGGAUCAUGGCAGUGACGCUACCUUCAUGGCGACAAAGGGCGUGAAGCAGUCAGACGGCAGCUACAUUAUCAAUGGUGGGAAGAUGUGGCAGACGGGCAUACACAAGGCGACGAAUUGCUUCAUCUUUGCCCGAACAAGCGGCAAGGAUGGAGACGCCAAGGGCAUCACAUGCUUCAACGUGCCACGCCACACGCCCGGCCUGAAGGUGGAGUCAUACCAAUGGACGCUGAACAUGCCUACCGACCACGCCACGAUCUCCCUGACUGAUGUCCGUGUUCCGGCAUCCUCCAUCAUCGGACCAGCAGAAGAUGGUCUCCAAGUCGCGCAAGCCUUCGUCCACGAGAAUCGCAUCCGUCAAGCUGCAUCCUCUCUCGGCGCAGCCCAGUACUGCGUGAACCAAUCAGUAGAGUACGCCCGCAAGCGUCGACCCUUCGGCAAGCCUCUGGCCACGAACCAGGCGAUCCAAUUCCCGCUUGUAGAACUCCAGACCCAAUGCGAGAUGUUGAGGCUGCUGAUCCGCAAGACGGCCGUCGAUAUGGACACCAUGCCUCAUCGCGAGGUGGAGCAGAAAGUAAGCGACAAGGUCAGCAUGUGCAAUUACUGGGCGAACAGAUUGUGCACGCAAGCUGCCGAUCAGGCGAUCCAGACUCAUGGUGGUUGGGGUUAUAGCCGCCACUACCCAUUCGAACACAUCUGGAGACAUCAUCGAAGGUACAGAAUCACCGAGGGUAGUGAGGAGAUCCAGAUGCGCAAGAUCGCAGGGUUCAUGUUCGGAUUCAUGGGACCGAAAAAGGAGACGAAGCUGUGA